AUGACGAAGCUGAGACUAAAGGUGAAGGAAUUGGAAACUGCAGUUAACUCUGUCACUGUAGAGAACGGAAUAUUAAAGAACAGAUUAGAAGAAGUAGACGAAGAUCGAACUUGGUUAAGAAGGAAAGUGGUAGAGCUGGAGGAUAGAUCACGUAGACACAAUCUGCGUUUAGUAGGCUUUCCAGAAGGGGUAGAACAGGAUAAUCCGUCCGAAUUUAUCCAGAAGUGUCGUACUGACAUGGAUCAAUACCUUCAACAAUUGGAGCUCCCUCAGUUACCUACCCAAGAUAGAGAGAUGUUGGACUGCCCCAUCCUUUUGGAGGAACUCCAAGCGACUCUCCCGUUCCUAAAAAUCAGGACUAUCUCCCAGGUACCAGAGCUGCAGCAGUCGGCAGGAAAGAGUCUCUACUUCAUGGACCUGGUGCUCUGGAGCCUCCUGCUAUCCACCAUCGGCGCAGCAUCCGCCAUCAAUGCCGCCAUAGGGGGAACAGCAUUCUUGUCCGGACAGUCACCCGUCAGCCCCAACCAGCAAGUAGACUGGAUCGUGGAUGUUAGAGGAACCGUCAUUGCGACUCGUCUUCCUGGUGCUAAUUCAAUGUACGCCGGGAGAUGUAUUGGAGGCAGAUGUAUUCUUCACGACAAUGGGACUCUGCAAAUGGAGCAGCUACUUGUGACCGAUAACGGGACGUACACGAUGAAGCUUCAGGCUGGAGUGGUGGUCAUCACAGAGAAAGUCCAGCUCAAUGUGUAUAAUCUUCUCGUCGCCCCACUGCUGUUGGUCUCCUCCACCAUUCGCCCUGUGAAUGGAAGCAACUUGAGUCUGAAGUGUAAUGCAGGAGCCCAGACCGUCCACAGCAUCUACUUCUAUAGAGAUGAGAAGUUGUUGUCGUGCAGUGAGCUCCAUUUGUCAUGUAGCCGCUUCGAGCCCAACCUCUACUUCAGGCCCAUCCUGGCCAGUGACAGCGGAAGCUACACUUGUGGCAUUGAAAAUCCUGUCAGCAGCAACAGAAGCACCGCUGUCUAUGUAGAUGUUGCAGUGUAUGUAUCUGAAGUAACUCUGCGCAGUAAUGUCACCCAUCCCGUUGUUGCGGAGAAGGAGGCCAUCUCCCUCAUCUGUUCUUCCUAUGGCACAGAAGUAACUUACAGCUGGAUGUUAAAUGACUUACCGCUGCCUGACAACCCUCGCUAUAAGCUGAUCAAUAGCAACUCUACUCUUGUCAUCAGUCCGGUCUCGAGGAGCGAUGAGGGAACCUUCACCUGUAGAGUCUCCAACUACCUAAACAGUGAGACAAGUGGCCCCUUUAAUCUAUCAUGUGAGUGCACCUACAGAAACCACUAA